CAGAUAUCAAAUUAAUUGUACCUCGCUAUAUAACCAGUGAAUUAAUCGAUCAAUACGGCACAUGGCGGAUUCGUGCUAAUAAUGUUUAAGUGAAAAAUUUACAGAUUGUUCAUAUACAAUUGUUUGUACUGUUGGCCCAUUGGAACAAAAUAUCUAUCAGAAUGUCAACUUUUCUUGGGCUUAUUAAGGAGAUACCAGGCAUCUCAGUGGAUCGUUUUGAGGAAGCAAACUUAACAUCUUCUAUAUUUUUUCUUAGUCAUUGUCAUUCCGAUCAUAUGCAUGGUUUAUCAGAUAUGUUUUUUGAAUAUGUAGAUGAGAAUAAGAAAUGCCUUUAUUGUAGUCCUAUUUCAAAGACACUGUUAGAAAAUAGAUUUAAAUUUAAAAGUUCUUGCGUGAAGGAAAUAAACAUUGAUACACCCUAUGUCAUAGAAUAUACAAUAGAAAAUGAGGAAAAGAUCCUCAUUUCUGUAACUUCUGUCUCAGCAGGACAUUGUCCUGGUUCUGUAAUGUUUCUUUUUGAAAAAAAUAAUAUAUCAGUAUUAUAUACCGGCGAUUUUCGUAUCAAUCCAACAGAUUUUCCAAAAUUAAAAAGUUUACAUUAUUGUGAUGAUUCUAAAUUGAUACCCAAGAUAUUUACUAAAAUUUAUUUAGAUACAACAUUUUUCAGUACUGAUUUUCCUGUUUUUCCUACUAGACAAGAAAGUAUACUCAAAAUGUAUGAAGUCAUUAGAGAUUGGAUAACCAAAGACCCAAGGAAUGUUGUUAUUCUGGAAUGUUCUGCUACAUAUGGUUCUGAAUUUCUUUUCGUAGAAUUAUCAAAAAUGUUAAAUAUGAAAAUUCAUGUGAAAAAUGAUAUGUUCAAAGAUUAUUGUCGUAUUGCACAAUUAUCUUGUUAUGUCACGAAUGACCCAAAUAGUACUCCAAUUCAUGCUUGUAAGAGUAAAAUAUCUUUGUCAGGUUUGCAUUGUAGAAGUGAUGUAAGCAAUAUAAAUAUUUUAACAGUUAUCCCAUCUGCAAUGAAAUGGAGAAAGAAAAAUACUAGUAUAAUAGGAGAAUGGGACAAAGAUAAAGAAAGAACUUUCAAUGUAUGCUAUGCCACUCAUUCUUCUUUUGAUGAACUAAAAACAUUUAUUGAAUAUUUUGAAGCAUUAGAGAUAUAUCCAUGUGUAAUGAAGGCAGAACAAGAAAAAGAAAUUUAUUCUUUAUUAAAUACUAUAAAAAAUAAACCAAAUAAAGAAUUAACAAUUAAUCAUAAAGAAUAUAAACUAGAGCUCCCUAGAUGUAAAGUAUUAAACAAAGUUAAAUUUAAAUCUGAAUAUUUUAGUAGUGAUGACGAUAGUUUAUGAUAUUCGUUUCUAUUAUUACCUACCGAGUUGUUAAUUGUUAGCAUAUACUGUUACAUAACAGCCUUUAUUAUUAUGUACAAUAAUGUAUAUA